AUGGCCGUGUCCCCUACGGCGAAGAGGAAAUUCCACCAUCCAUUCAGGAGCCUUUCCAGACAGUCGUCAUCAGCUAGGACUUCAGCGGAGGCUCCUCCUCUUCCGGCUGUAGACCAGGUGCUCGAUGGCUCAGCUGAUGUAUCUGAAAAAGAUCAAGGAGGGCCGAGUAACACCCAGCCUGAAUCCCUCCCGGCACCAUUGACUCGCCCUCCCCCUCCCCCACCCAUCUUUGGGUCUUUCUCCAGCAGCACAUGCUCCUUUCAAUCUAGCAUCUCACAGGAGGAUGCCAAGCCACCAUAUCACCCAGACACAGAGCUCAAGAAGGUCUCGCGCUCUCUUCUGCGCCUCCAGAAAUACAGUCUCAUCCUGGGAUUCGUCUCCAUCAAUGCCGGCUUUAUCUGGGCGCUCUGGAAUUAUCACCAUUACUGGUAUAUCUUCCUGCCUUUCUUGGCUGCCAACACAUUCUGUCAAGUAAUCUUUGCCAUCUCCAACACCAUUGCAGCAACCUUUACCACCUUGAGACGGAAGCUUGGAUUCAAGAAGGAUGUCGUCCCCGAGAAUCCCGAAAAGUUUGUCAUGGUCCUGCCCUGCUAUAACGAAGACCGCCAAGAGGUGGAGACAAGUCUAAACUCCCUCAUCAACCAGCAGAACAUUGAUGAGCACCCACGCCUCAUCAUGGUCAUUGUUGACGGCAACGCCAAAGCCCCAGGCGAGGAGGUCUCUACUCAAGACUUCCUGCUGAACGACAUGUUUGCCGGCGGCGAGCGCAUCGAGUUCCAGAAUGGCUACAGUGCCCGUGAUGGCUUCUUCAUGCCUGUCACCAUCCAGCAGGGAAAGUACCGUGGCGUCCCUUACAUCAUCAUCGGCAAGAAGCACAACCAGGGGAAGCGCGACAGCUUGUGCUUCGUCCGUUCAUUCCUGUGGCACUACAAGAACCGCUCGGCCGACAUCUCAACCAUGUUCAACCCGGACCUGUUUGAUUACAUGGGUUCGAUCUUGACUGACAACGGCCUGGACACAAUCGACUAUCUCUGCGGCAUGGACGGCGACACUGUGUUUGAUGACGAUUGUGUGUACGAACUCAUUAAAGCCUUACGCCGUGGCGGUCCUGAUGUUGUCGGCGUCUGCGGCGCGGUCCUCGUUAAAUUUGACGAGAAGCCGUGGGGUUGGUGGAACCUGUUACAAAACACAGAGUACAACCUGACGCAAGGGUUGAGGCGAGAAUUUCAGUCUCGCGUUUCCGGAAAGGUCAAUUGCCUACCGGGCUGUUGUCAGCUCAUCCGGGUUCAAGAUGCCACAUUCGGCGAUGCAGUCCUGCGGGAGCGUUUCGGCCACGUUCCCAAGCCCAAUGACACCAUGACCCAGCAGAUCAUGGGUGUUUACUCUGAAGACUCGAUCCACGCUUCCAUCAUCUUCUCCCGCCAUCCCAAGUCGCAGACUCGCCAGGCUCUGCGUGCUCGUGCUUACACGACGGCCCCUCAAUCAUGGUCCGUGUACCUCUCGCAGCGCAAGAGGUGGGCACUCGGCAGCAAAUCGAAUGAGUUUGUCAUGGUCUUCCGUCCAGGCAUCAUCUGGGUUGAACGGCUGUGCUCGUUCAUCACGGUGACAACCUGGUGGCUGGGCCCAUUCGUCGUUGCGGCCAUGUUUGGCUUUGCGAUUGCGCUGGUGCGACAGGGAAAAAAGAUUUUCGAGAACCACAUCAUGAUCGGGUUGAUGUCUGUGCUCGCAUUCCGCUAUCUAUACUCUUUGCUUAUCGUCACGUGGUUCCCGCACAACAGGAUGGCACGCAUCAGGUUUUUGGUCGGCUUCUUCAUUUAUCUGACCUGCUCGCCAUUCAUGAACGUCGUUGUCACCAUCUAUGCUUUACUCCAUUGCGACGAGUUCAGCUGGGGCAAGACGCGGGCGUCAGUGGGCGACGAAAACGGUGCAGGUGGGCAUGGGGCACUGCCUGACCCUGAACAAGCCGCCAAGGAAAAGUUCAAUGAGAAGAUGCCGCCUGUUUAA